GGUGCAUGCCACUGAGGCACACACACCAUGACCACGGGGCGUACACCAGCUGAGACCAGGCUAGACCUGGAGGACAUAGAGGAGCAGGGGAUCCCUCCAGGCAGACACACUGCAGAGGGACUACUGGAGGAAGUAGUGGAGGUAGAGGCAGAGGAACCAGCUCAGGAGGAGGACUCCACCCACAGUGAUACCAGGUCUCUGGUCAAGAACAGGGACCCAAGGGGAGUCAACAAGUAUCUAAAGGUGACCUUUGAGGACGUGAUAGCAGAGCCCCCCUCGGUGCGGAGCUUCGAUAAGGUGUGGCUGUGGAGCCACGCCCUAUUUGAGGUGUCCCGUCUCUGGUGCUACCGGCUCAUCUCCCUCCUCCUGGCCGUGCCCGUCUCUCUGGUAGCAGGGAUCCUCUUCGCUGUCUUCAGCUGCCUACAUAUCUGGCUGAUCAUGCCCUUUAUUCAGCUCUUCCUGAUCAACAUGCACUGGGUUCAGACUGUGUGGGGCAGUGUAUUGGACAUCGCCAUCGCUCCCUUCUUUAAGAGUAUGGGGAAGUGCUGCAGUCGCAUCAAUGUCCGACUGGCCAGGGACUGAUGUUGGGCUCUGCCACCUUCUAUGGGAGUGUGGAGGGAGUGUGGAUGGAGUGGGCUGGGUUGGGUUGAUGCACACUACAUAUGAACUGGUUGUUUGCAAUCAUGUCUCAAUCUCUAAGAAAAAUAAUGUUGCUGCCUUCUACUCUUCAAAGAACAAAUUGAAAAAAGUAGAACAUGUCAUUUUUUUGUAAAUAUGUGAAAUGAAGUUACAUGAAUUAGACAGUAUCUAAAAAUGUAAUUUAUGUGUUUUCUAUUUUGCUUAGUACAUUCAGAACUAUUAUUGGUAACGGACUAUCGGACUCAAUUUAAUCUCUAAACCACAACUUGAAAGAAAGUUGUUAGAAAUUUAGAUUAAACAUAAUGCAGCACACACACACACACACACACCACACCACACCACACCACACCACACCACACCACACCACACACACACACACAAAUUCCAUAUGCUGGUGUAAAGGAAAAAUUUCUCCUGACAGCACAGAUUAUGUGGCCAGUGAUGCAUGUAUAUCCCCAGUAAAAUAGGGGUAUGGAAUUACAUUUCCUCCACUGACUGGCCAAUUAUUUUUCUGUCUCAGGAAAAUAAUGGUUCAGGGUUUAAAAAUGAAUGCGAUUUCUUUGUUCCAGAGUGAUGUUGUCAAGAGAUUGUGUAAAUUCUGCUGAUCUGAUGCAUCCUCUUAACUGAGGUGCCGUAAUUACUGGUUGUGUCAUCUAGUUGUGCCUGUUAGAAUUUAGAAUCCAGGUCGAUUCAAAACUCAGUUUGAGAUUAAAAUCUAUCUGCCCAUGUUUGGUAGAACAGAA